AAUAAAGCCCGUCCGAGGAACAGACGGAGUGUGAGAGUCCUGGUAGGGGUAACUCGCCUAAAUCCCGAAAACCAUGCUGAAGUUUGUGUUAUUGUCUCUUUGUGUGGGUUUGGCGAUGGGCAGCUCAGUGGACAGAGGAGGACAUCUGGACAUCAGUGAGACCCUGGAGGCGCAUGUAGCGCAGGGACAGAGCACUUUAAACGAGAUGUUCAGAGAGGUGGAAAAACUGAUGGAGGACACAAAACACAAACUUGAAGAGGCUGUGCACCAGAUGGAGAACGAGUCUUCAAAAGCAUUGUUACAUGGACACAACCUACCGGACAGUUUUCACAAUGAAACUACAACAGAGAUUAAGAUUGGCAAUCGGACAAUCCAGUUGAUAGAGAGGAUUGAUAAGGAAACAGACCGUAAGACUGGGAAAACUCAAAUUUCCAGAACUCUCAUUCAGGGCCCCAGCCGAUGGAAUGAAGUAGAUCAUGAGUGUAUGAUUGAUGAAGAUUGUGAAGAAGGAAGCUACUGUCUGUAUGAGAUUAUCACCUCUAAAUGUGUCCCGUGCCAGACGACUAAUAUGGAGUGCUUAAAAGACGAGGAGUGUUGCGGCGAGCAGCUGUGUGUUUGGGGCGUUUGUGCUCAGAAUCGAACCAAAGGACAAUCCGGAACAAUCUGUCAGUACCAGAGCGACUGUAGUCCUCAACACUGCUGUGCCUUUCACAAAGCCCUCCUCUUCCCCGUGUGUCGACCGAAGCCACAGGAAGGCCAGGGCUGUCACGACCACCCUAACCAAUUAAUGGAUCUUAUGCUGUGGGACGAGGAGGGGCCACGCGAGCACUGUCCUUGUGCUGCAGGCCUGCACUGUCAGCCUCUCGGGAAACACUCGGCGUGUGUGGAUGAGAGGAAUUCAUCUGGUGAAGGGACUGAACAUUUUGACAGGAACUGAACAUCAUCAGUGUUAUAGUGCAUUUCUGUAAUUUAUUUUAUACGAUUUUAAGAAAUCCUUUUAGCCCUUGGUCUGCAAUACUUCAAGAUCAACAGGCAGGACCUCCCUAUACUCACACCAUUGUUUAAGAGCAACUGUGCGGUUUUUUCACUUUUUGGGGAAUCAGUCUGCAAAUGGUUAACUUAUCAAUGUGUUUGCAAAUUAAGAGACAGUAUUUCAUCGCAACGAAAAAACUUUUUUGAAGUCAGUGCAAUGUUCUCAUUUUGUGGACCUGCUGUACAGCUGUAUGUUACUUCCAUAUUAAAACCAUUCAUUUUUAAGGAAACAAAUAUAUUUGUUAAUGUAACUUAUUCAAAUCUAAACAACAGAUGGCAGUAUUGAGUCGUGUUAGUUGUGGCUUCCCUGCUAAAAAAAAACAAUAGACACCAUCACAGAAAUUCUAAUGGUUUUAUUGGGAAUUUUAUUGGUUCUAAUGGAAUAUGGCCCAAAACACACUACAGUGUAGUGGUUUUAAUGGUAAAAAGCUAAUGGUUUCUAUUGGUAUUUUAAUGGAACCCAUUAGAAUUUUCUGUAAUGGUUUUAUUGGUUUUUCAGCAGGUUAGGCCAUGGGUUUUCAAACUUUAUGUUGGCAAGACCCUCAAGGUUAUUUAGAGGGUCCCUAAUCCAUGAAAGAAAAUAACCCCAACAUGGUAAAAACAUGAAUUCAUGUCAUGAUUGCUGAAUACUUUCAUUACUGCACUGUGGUCAUUACUUGCACAGAUGUAGACAUAAUGUGCAUUUUAAACUUAAACUAUUUUUUUCACACUGAUUAACUGUCUGUUAAUGAAAAGAAGAUUUAAUGUGAACUACAGAAACGUUAAUAAACUGUGUUCAGGAAACAGCAUGAUAUACAUACCUACUUCAACACUGGGAUUUUUUGGCAAAAUUAAAUUAAGAAUUAAAUAUUAAUUGCAUAUUCUUCAAUGUUAUAAAGUUAAUAUGGAUUCAUAUAUGUUACAAUGUGAUUUUCUUUUCUUUUUUGACAAAGACUUAAACAGCUACUGUUUAUUAGGCUCUAGGACAUAACGAAUUGUUUAUUAUAGUACAUUAAAUUUGGGAU